AUGGCAAAACGACAUACAAAAGCUGCUGAAAAAAUUGCUCGUAUUCUUAGCGGUCCUGGUGCUUUUAAACUACCCUCUGAUAUUCACGGCUUAACUUUAUUCAUGGCCUUUAAAAAUAAAGAUGGACAUAUGGGACCCAGGCAAGUCGUAUUUAUAUUAUUUUCAAUAUUAAUAAAUAAUAGAAAAUUCUGGAAGGAUUAUUUGCCAAGUGUUCAAUUUCAUAAUCCAUAUUUGCAUAUUCAAGUUUGUCGAAGUCAUGAAGAAAAAGAUGCAAAGUUAAAGAUCCAUCAGAAAUUGGGUGAUAUGGAGAUUGAUAUGAAGCAUAAAGAUGCGUCAGAGAUAUGUCGAGAGUUUGUAGAGAAGACGAGAGCAGUUGAAGUAGGAAAAGAAGAAAUCAAAGAAAUUAUGGAAAAUAGUAAAAUGAAGGGUUAA